AUGACAAUUGGCGUGUCCCGCAAGAUUAAGCGCAAACUGGAGCGCAAAGACAAGAAGCGACAGAAGAAUAAGCGGCAACGUAAAGAGGUUGAUGUUCCAGUAGGAAAGAAAAGCGUAACGGCACGUGCGAUUCACGGCAAGAAACCUGUUAAAACAACGAAUCAUGGAGACACAAGCAUGACGAACAAAUUUCACGAGUUUCUAGCAGAAGCUGCAAAUGCCAAUGGCGACGUACAGUCAACAAGUAUUGAAGACAAGAAAAUCAAGGCUUUAGAAAUGAAAUUGGGGUUAUCGAGUAGUAAAUCUGAGUCGGCACGGAAGAAAUUGCAAAAGGAGUACUCCAAUGAUGGAUUGGGUGAAGAUUUUGUUGACUUUUUGUUUGGACUGGAUCACAUUUCCGAAGUGGUGAAGAAACGACCCAAGUUGAUCAAGACAACGGACUCUACUGCUAAUGAUGCAGACGUUGAGAGUGAUGGGGAUGAGGAGAGUGAGGCUGAAGAAAGUGAUAAAUUGGUGGUUGGUAGCGAUUUUGGAAACGAGAUGGAGAUGGACGAAGACACUCGACGCGAGAUGGAGAUACUGCAAGCAGAAGACGCAGAAUUUUUGAAGGGCAUGGAUGAAUUGCCCACUGAUGACUCCGAGUCAGAUACGGACCUUGCACAAUUUUAUUCGGACGAGGACGAAGAAGAUGAGAACGAGGACGAAGCUCGAGUCAAUACUCUGAGAAAUCAACAGUUGGCCAGCGUCAAACCGACGGAGGAAAGUGAUGGCAGUCAAAAAGCUAAGGUAGGGCAGGAAAGGGGUGAGAAAGAGAGCGAUGACGAGAAGCAACUCGACGUGGAAGAAGAGAACGAACAUGGUGAGGAGAGCGACGAGGAUAAGGGGGAGGAGAGCGUCGUUAUUGAAGAAGAUAUAUAUGGUCGACCCGUCAUCAAGUCGAGUGAAGGAGUUAUAAAGCCGUCGGCGUACUUGCCUCCUCACCUUCGCCGCGAAAUUCAAGCCAAGGCCAAAGCUGCUGCUGCGGCAGCAGCUACAGAGAAAGCCAAGCCCUCGCAGAUGGACGAGCAGGCUAUGCGCGAGUUGACGCGGCGUAUUAACGGCCAGCUUAACCGCCUUUCCGAAUCUAACAUGGAGUCAAUCGCGUUAGAAAUGGAGAAGAUAUAUCGAGAAAAUGGCAGGUCACUUGUCAAUGAGAUUCUGAUUGAAAAGCUGUUUCAGACGACAUGUCAUCCACGGCAAGUAAUGGCACCGCUUAUCAAGAUAGCUGGUGCGUUGGUGGCAGCUCUGUACCACAGCGUUGGCAGUGAAGUGGGAGGUUUUUUCGUGGAAAAAAUGGUGCUAAAGCUCAUGGCAAGUGUGGAAGAGGAAAAAAAGACGCUAAACGAGUCUGCAGAUACACAGCACGGUAGCGAAGAUGAUGGAGACGGUAGAACAUCGAAGGUGCCAGUGAACUUGAUGCUGUUUGUGAUGAUGUUGUACAAUUUUGGAGUCGUGCACUGUACACUCGUGUACGAUCUCUUCCGGUCAUUUGUCGACAGUUUCUCAUCGACCGACAUUGAGCUUAUUCACCAGCUUUUGAAGGUUGGCGGCGCUCAGCUUCGGGCGGAUGAUGCGGAUGCCUUGCGGCAGAUGGUCGCAACCGUGCAGCAGAAAGUGGGUGUGGCGCAACAAGCAAAUGGCGGAAAACAAGCUGAAGAACGUGUUCGCUUUAUUCUCGACCUCAUUUACAAUCUCAAAAGGUCGUCCAAGCAUAGCAAGGGCCGCAACGCUGGAAGUGCCGGUGGGGGUGCAAUAGAUGUGUCAUCACUAAAGAAGUGGCUUGGCCGCGUGAAGACGAGAUGUGGAAACGCCAACAACCCGCUGCGUGUAUCGCUAAAGGAGCUGCUGAAUGCCGAUAAAGAUGGUCGUUGGUGGAUAGUCGGUGGUACGUGGGUCGGCUACCAGCAACAGAAGUCGACCGAUGGUGCGGCAAACGAUGAUGACGCCCAUGAAACAGUGCGCGAGACAGACCGGCUUCUGAAACUAGCGGAGAAGCAGCACAUGAACACGGACGUCCGAAAGAAAAUAUUUGUGGCGCUCAUGGGAGCAACUGACUGCUUUGACGCCUACGAACGACUUUUGCAGCUGCAUCUGAAGGAGAAACAGGAACGCGAAAUUGUCCGUGUACUUCUACACUGCUGCGGCCAAGAAAAUAAAUUCAACAGGUACUACCUGGUGCUGGCCGAGAAAUUGUGCGAGAUGGACCCGCGGUAUAAGUUUACUUUCCAGCUGGCCUUUUGGGAUAUUUUUAAGCAGAUGAAGUCGUUGAAGCCGCGGAGGUUAUACAACCAGGCUCAAAUGUUUUCUGGGCUAGUGCUGAGCAGUAGCUUGUCAUUGUCGUGUCUGAAGAUACUGGACUUUACUCAGUUGGAGGAGAAGAGUCUUUUGUUUCUGCGGGUUGUAAUGGAGGAGAUCCUCAAGGUGGAGAGUGAAUUAGAAAUGGCGCAGGUGUUCCAGCGUCUGCUGCAGACGAAAAAGGCGCAGCUUACAAUUGACGGCCUUGCCGUGUUCUUCCACCAGCACCUGACGAGUUUCCGCAGUGAAAGUGAUGUGAAAACGCGGUCAUUGCUCAAAAAGCGUGUCAAGAGUGUCAAGAGUUUGCUUGACCAUCUAUCCAAAUCUGCAGCACUAGCCGACAAGGAAGCUAGUUUGAUGUAG